GAUCACUAGCGGACCACGAAUCCUCCUUCAGAUACAAAUGUAGGCUAAGUGGAUAUCAUUUGAAAGAAGACAGACAUUAAAUACUUCAUAUUUGUCCCAAACGCCUGCAGACUUUGCAGUUGUCCUUGCUUACGGAUUUGUUGAAGAAUUCGUAGCUUCCACUGUUAGGCGAUACUUUUUUAUCGCUCACACUGAGACAACAACACACGUGGGUAAAGUAUCGCAAGCGAUAAGCAUCGCCGUCAUGGCAUCAAGUGGAAGACCAGAACGCCAGGCGCCCCCUGAACUUUUUUAUAAUGAAACAGAAGCAAGAAAAUACACAUCCAACUCUCGCAUGAUUGAGAUCCAACAAAAACUGUCAGAGAGAGCCAUGGAACUGUUGGCACUUCCAGAAGACACUUCAUGUUAUAUACUGGACAUAGGGUGUGGUUCUGGUUUGAGCGGAGAAUGUCUAACAGACAAUGAUCAUGUAUGGGUAGGAAUGGAUAUCAGCCCACACAUGCUAGAUAUUGCCAGAGAAAGAGAGGUAGAAGGGGACAUCAUUCUGGGUGACAUGGGUGAUGGCAUGCCCUUCAGGCCCGGCAGUUUUGAUGGAGUUAUAAGUAUUUCUGCACUUCAGUGGCUGUGCAAUGCAGACAAGGCAUUCCACAAACCAGCUAAACGACUGUACACAUUCUUCUCAACAUUAUAUGGUGUUUUGAGUCGUGGUGCACGAGCAGUGUUUCAGUUUUACCCUGAAAACAGUUCUCAGAUUGAAAUGAUCACACAACAGGCUAUGAAAGCAGGAUUCACUGGUGGUCUUGUAGUUGACUAUCCAAACAGCACCAAGGCCAAAAAAAUGUUUCUUUGCCUGUUUGCGGGUGGGGCUCAUCAGCAGCUUCCCACAGGGCUUGGAACAGACACAGUACCACAGGAGUCCUCUGGAGCAUCCUUCUCUGCUUUCAGAGAAAAGCGGAAGCGAGGUGACCGUAAGCCACUUAAAAAUAGUCGUGAGUGGAUUCUUCAAAAGAAAGAGAGGAGGAGGAAGCAAGGAAGAGAGGUGCCAGUGGACACCAAGUACACUGGCAGGAAGAGGAAAGCACGCUUCUAACCCAGCCCCAUGGAAUGGAUACAAGUUGGGACAGGGCUGUUUGACAAAAAUAUAUAAUAAACGAUCACAAAUUAAAAAGCAGAUUUAAGUCUUUCUUGCAUUAUUUUACUCUGUAGUUUUGUGCUAAGGUAUCUCACAAAUAAUAAUGAAGCUUUUUGUAACCAUUGUUGUUUCUUACAAUGAAUGUGAUCAGCUAACCUUCCUGUGGCUCUUCGGAACUUUUAUAAAAGAUUUUUUUAAAAGUAAUUAUAGUAGAUCAUAUACCUACAUCAUGUAUACAUCUAUAUUCAAGCACCAUAACAUAGAAGUUUCUGCAUUUGGUAGUGACCUGACCACACUUCUGAAAACAAGAAAAGUCUUAUUUAAAAUAUAAGGUGGGUUUAGUCUUGAAAUGGUUUGCAUGAUGUGUAAAGGCAUACAAAUUUACCACUUGUUAACCCAUAGGUGAAAUCAUAAAAUGGAUUACCAUAAGGCUAAGCUGCUGUCACUUUCUACCAAAUAACAUAGCAGGGUUACCAUAAGGCAGAAGGGUGCUUCCCAAAGCUAGAGCAAUGAGGGAGUUGUGUGACAACAGAUUGGUUUUUAUAUGUUCUCUCCAUGCCAUUCACUUUCUCUUUCUCUCUUACUUAACCAUCUACAGAGUUGCAUAAUGCAGAACUAUUUUCUAAGCAAGUUCUGGACAAAAUCCUUUCAUGUCUUGUUGUAGCUUCUGUAUGCAGCAUUCACACAUAUCUACUCUUUUGAAUUUGCACACACAUUUACAGAAUUUACAUCAAUAAAUAUUUUUAAUUCGGAUUUGUUUUUGAGAAGGAAAAAUAUGCCAACUGACAGUAGCUAACAUGCUCAUUCUAUAUGUAGAGAAACGAGAAGUGUGAAAACAGCAGUGAAAACUUGCUGACAGCAUUAACUGAGCUGCUUCCUUGAGCAGAGGUUAAACUAAAGGCCUUUCUAUUGUGACACUGUACCUUGGUGUAGCUCAGACAUGCAAUUGUCACUUCUUCACACUCUUGACCCCUAUUAUGGCCAAACAAUGGAAUAAUGUGACACGUUAUAAACAAAAUUAUGAGCAAGCCUGACAGAAAUAAACAAACUCAUGUAUGAAAAAAACAUUCUCGGUGCAUUUGUGCAACACCAAUCACAAAUGUUCCCUUGUUAAAUGUACAGAAGUUUCACGCAAUACACCAAAGCAUGAACAUCACAUGUAUUUCUACCACAUCAUUGUACAUACAAGUUAAGGUAAAAAAAAAUCUUAGUUAUCAAUGUUGCUUAGGUUCUUCUUUCCUUUCAAAAGUACCUCUUAGCAUUCUCACCAUACAAAGAAAAUGUGGAAUCAUAAUGUUGAUGACUAGACAAGCAAUAGGUAUGAAACAACAGUCGAUCGUUUUUUAAAUCUACACCAAUAUGUUUCAGUCAUGAUCUUGAAGAAAAUGAAAUGCUUACACAGUACAUCAAUGUAAUAUCUUUCUCUUUGAAGAUUGAUCACGUGAAGAUUAUUUGCAAAGAUGCUGACUUCUGCUAGGCAUACACUAAAGUGAAUAAAUAUUCACACGUCAAUCAUUUUACAGCUAUGCAAACAUUAACUUUUCAUUUUCUGCAUUUCAUUAUUUUAUUAAGUAAAAAAAAAAA